AUGACAGAGUGGUUUGGUACUGAGCCCGCUCGUGGGUCAUUUAAGAUGCUACAGAGCAAAACUCCCAAAGGCACCGCGAUGUAUGCUCUCUGCUGGGCUGACCGCAAAGCGAAGUGCCUCAUCUCAAACCGCGGAACGUCGCUUCCUGGCAACGAUAGCUAUGACCGACGUAUCCAGCGCCCGCAAAUGGUGGAGCUCUUUUUCUCGAAGUUCUCGGUGAUAGAUGUUCAUGAUCAUCUUCGACAGGGUAGCCUCGAGAUGGAACGAACUUGGCACACAAUGCAGUGGCAACAUCGUUUGCUCGCUACGGUGGUCACUACUGCUGCUGAUUUCCGUGACGACGUAGCGCCCCCAACUCACACACUGUAUGCAUUCAGUACGCUUCCCCAGUACAAGCGUCUUAGCGGGACAAUCUUGCGUGCGCAGCGCAAAUGCAGUAUUUGCGGGCGGAAGGCCUCAUUUUACUGCUCCGGGUGCUCUGAUCCACUGGAAAACAAUUUCUUUGGGGUUUGCGGCCUGAAGACAGGUCGGGACUGCCACUCACUCCAUUUAAACACUACAUUGGGCUAA